AUGAUUGGUGAUUAUAAUUUGGUAAUGGCACCGCUUUAUCAUUGGUGGGAAAAGAUGCAACAAAAAUAUCGGGAAACAGAUGAACGUGAAGGAACGGAACAUACAAUGUGGGAUCAUUUAGGUUCCUGUGCAUCACUCACAAAAUCUCGACGUCUACGUCGUGAACCCCAUGUUGACAUCUACAAUAUUGAUGAUGAUUCACCAUCAUUACAACCAAAAUCAAUGGAUGAAUUUACUCCAUCACUUAAAAAUGUCAUACGAGCAAUUCGUCGUAUACAACUUCUCGUUGCAAGGCGUAAAUUUAAAGAAGCUUUAAAACCAUAUGAUGUCAAAGAUGUCAUUGAGCAAUAUUCUGCUGGACAUGUUGAUUUACAAGCACGUGUCAAACAUGUGCAGCAAAGGUUGGAUCAAAUUGUUGGAAAACCAAAAGAUGAAGUGAAAGUGUCCUUAACGCAUCGCGUAAUUGUUAUGGAAAUGCAGAUGCAAAAAAUUGACAAAAAAUUGGAUUUAUUACUUGAAAUGUUUCUGGAGAAUAAAAACCAAAAGAAGCAAUUAGGUAAUUAUCCGGUUCCAAUUCAAAUUCCGAAUUCAGCUCCACAACGUAUUAUAACCAAUUCUGAACUUGAUACAUCUUCCAGAACCAAAUCUGAUAAUUCAGCUUCACAAUGUACCACAAUACCCUUGAAUAAUAUAGAGAUGCUUCAAACAAUUGAUAAAUCUGGUGAAGAUGAUGAGCAUUUUCAACCACAUUGUUCAUUUGUUUUGGAUACUGAUCUUUCAGGAUGUUCAGAAAAUUCACAGAAUACAGGAUCAGCUCGUACACAAUUCUGGACACCAUUACAAACGCCAAAAAAUAUCAAUCAAACGUCAAUAGCGCUAUCACAUCAUAGUGAUAAUGAUGAAUCAGAAGCGCUAUUGGAUAGUCAUAAAGAUGAGAAAUCCAGUACUACACGUAUUGAUUUCUUUUAG